AUGCUGGGCGCCUAUCAGGACUCAAGGCCCCAGGGCAGCGAGGCGCGCAAGCGCGCGCGGCUGGGCUGGCCGGACCUCUUUGUCUUCGCGGUGUACCUGUUCAUGGCCAUGCCGCUUCCGCAGAUCUUUGAUGCUCUUACGGGUGGCUUUGCCUACCCGGACAGGACAUGGCAGAGCCGCAGCAUCACAGAAGAGACCAACGGCUGGGAUCAAGUCUAUCUGGAGAACUCACACGCCACCUCAGGCCACCGCUGGUACUUGCGGAUGAUCUUGUGCUCCAAAGUUUACCUGGUGAUCUGCGACCGCCUAAGCCUGCCGCCUUUCCUUCAGGUGCUUCUGGCCGCGCUCUGCAGCUACUUCGGUCCAGUGAAUGCUCUCAAUGCUUGUGAGCUGGGGGCUCCGAAGUUUGUCGUCUUCUGGCUGCUUCGCGACUGUUUCGUUUGGACGAGAUGGGUGGCAUGCUACGGUGCUUUCUAUGUGUUCUGCUUCCAUUACCUGCGCGGCAUCGUAAAGUUCUUCUCUGCGAGAUUGCCAAGUGGACCUGUCUGGGCAGCAGCCGCCACCGCCUUCAGCAUGAUGCUGG